AUGAGCGUCUCGGAUUGGCGAGUGGCCUUCCCUGUGCUCUUCGGAGAUUUCUUCCACAACCUGGCGGACGGCAUGGUGAUCGGCACCGCCUUCUUCGCUUGCGACGCCUCCUUCGCCUGGAAGAUCGUGGGCGUGAGCAUCCUCCACGAGGUUCCGCAGGAGCUGGCGGACAUCUUCGUGAUGAUCAACAAGGCCGGCUUUAGCUGGCAGAAGGCCACUUUGUGCAACGUCCUGAGCGGACUGGGCUCGCUGCUCGGGGCAGUGAUUGCCUACAGCGUCCGGGUGGGUGUGGAGUUGCAGGGCGCGAUCCUCGCAGUAGGCGCCGGGGUUUUUCUCUUCGUGGCCUGCACGGAGCUGGGCCCCGCCGUGUCCGCCUCCCGGAAGAACUCCGCGCGGCCCGUCCUCAGCGCCCUGGUCACGCUGGUGAUCUUCGUGAUUGCCGCGGGCCUCAUUGGCCUGGUGCUUCUGGAUCACGAGCACUGCACGCAGUCGGUGCAGGCGCCUUCUGCGGAGACUGGCAGCGGUGAGACUGAUCCCCAUGCGGGCCAUGCGCAUUAA